AUGCAAGCCGACACUUUUGGCGUUGUUGCAAAGUAUUUGCGAUGGUGCCUUGAAGGAAGUGAGGCAAGAGGUUUCGUUUCCAUCUCCUGCGAUUAUUACAAACUCCACCAAGAGCUGGGCGUUAUUGUCAACUACAAAGACCUUGCCAUGCGAGCCUAUAAGCUUAAUGAAGAAAUCGUGGGCAACUCGCUCCCUAAGCCUGACGAUACAUCACACACGGCCACAAGAUAUGCAGUCACAAAGUUUCUAGAUACUUUCAUCAACGCCAAACGUGCGCGAUUGAGCAUCAUUGAAGACAUGCAGAAGGCUGGCAAGAAAGGCAUGCCUGACGUAACGUCACCUACCGCGACACCGCCUAAGCUACUCGACAAGCUUAUGACCGCUACAGAAUACCACACUAGAAUGGAUACAGCGAAGAAUCUAGUAGCCCUCGAGAUGAUCAAGACACAUGAUCAUGAUGCGGGAUGCGGGAUGCGGGAUGCCUUGGCGGUUGGCGACGACACCCAAGACGAUGAAGACGAUGAAGACGGCGAGGAUGGCGAGGACGGCGAGGACGGCGAGGACGGCGAGGACGGCGAGGACGACGAGGAUGAGUGA